CGAUCUCAUAACUCCGCCCCCACCCCCCCCGCCCUUCAAACUUCUAACCCCAAUUUCUCUCAUUCUUCCAAUGCCUCUUUCUCUCCUCAUCACAUUCUUUCUUACUUCUAUCUUCUUCUGAACUUCCACUCCCAUUUUCCCUUAUUCCUUCUUUGAAUUCACUAUCCACUCUUGAUUCGCCUUUGCCUUUCCUCCCUUCUACGCACAUUUCCUCUCUUACGUCUGUGUUUCCCCAUGGAAUUUUUGUAAGCAAUGGCUGCCUCUUGCAGACUCGAGUCUUUUCGUUUGCCUUCCCAUGGGGGCCCGGAGCUGCGGCGGCGGAGAUGGAGGAGGAUUUUGUUUGGGAUUAAUCGACUUGGGUUUACUCCUAUUAGUUGCUGUUCUUCUGAUUCUAUGGUUCCGAUACGCAGAGCUACUGGGUCUGGGAAGAGUGUCGAGAAGCAAGAAGAUUGGCGUUUCGAUCCCAAGAAACCCCCUCGUAGACUCCGUGUUCAAGCCACUCCCGCAAUGCCCUUUGCCUCUCCUCAAUCUCGGUUUGUUUCCAAACCUGAAAAGUUUUAUCCUCGAUGCACUCCAAGGGGCUCUGGUCCACAGUCACGUGAUACUCCGCCAAAAAGAGACACUGGUAUUGCAAAUGAGAAGGACUGGGGGAUCAACCUGUUAAAUGAAAAUGUUAGUGAGUCUGGUACGAAUGAAGAUGGAAGUACUUGGUAUCGGGAAAGUGGGGAGGACCUUGGUGAGAAUGGAUACAGAUGUAGAUGGACUAGAAUGGGUGGUCAAUCGCAUGACGGUUACUCAGAAUGGAAAGAAACGUGGUGGGAGAAAAGUGACUGGACUGGAUACAAAGAGCUAGGAGUGGAAAAAUCAGGUAAAAAUGUCGAAGGUGAUUCAUGGUGGGAAACAUGGCAAGAAGUUCUUCAUCAAGAUGAAUGGAGUAAUCUUGCAAGGAUUGAGAGGAGUGCACAGAAACAAGCAAAAUCUGGCACUGAAAAUGCUGGAUGGCAUGAGAAAUGGUGGGAGAAAUACGAUGCCAAAGGAUGGACUGAGAAAGGAGCACAUAAAUACGGUAGAUUGAAUGAACAGUCAUGGUGGGAGAAGUGGGGGGAGCAUUAUGACGGAAGAGGAUCUGUUCUUAAAUGGACGGAUAAGUGGGCUGAAACUGAACUAGGUACAAAAUGGGGAGACAAAUGGGAAGAGAAGUUCUUUUCUGGAAUUGGUUCUCGACAAGGGGAGACAUGGCAUGUAUCUCCUAGUGGUGAACUGGAACUAACUGCCUUCCCGUCACAUGUACAAGGUUGGUCAAGAACGUGGGGCGAAGAACACUUCGGAAAUGGUAAAGUGCACAAAUAUGGGAAGAGUACGACAGGGGAAAGUUGGGAUAUUGUGGUGGAUGAAGAAACAUAUUAUGAGGCUGAACCUCACUACGGAUGGGCAGAUGUAGUUGGCGACUCCAGUCAGUUGCUGUCAAUAGAAGCUCGAGAGAGGCCACCCGGUGUCUACCCAAAUCUCGACUUUGGAUCAACUCCCCCUGCUCCAACCGAGGAACCACCACAAGAAUUGCCUCCUUCAGAAUGAAGAGUUGGUGAUUUCUAGGCCCUCAUUUCUGGUUUAGUUGUUUAGGAUUUUUUUUUUCCAAAUCCAUUUAUUUUGGAAAUAUGUGAUUUCAGUUUAUUAUCGUGAAGAACUACGUUUAUUCAUUCUUUAAUGUUAUCAAUUUCUUGAGUUCCA